AUGUCAUCCCACGGCCACCGCCCAAGCCUCUGUGGAAUACUGUCAGAAACGUGGCGCAUAACCACCGCUCAGCCCCGCCAUUACGCCGCCCUCUCGAUUUUCUUCGUCCUCCCAGUCACACUUUCCCCACUCAUCUACCCUUUUCUUCUGCGCACCGUCUCAGUUUCAAUAACUCAAACCAUCGUCCAAAUCACAGUUUAUUAUCUUCUGGUACUCUUCCUCGGCCUCUUUGCCGGCGUUUCAAUCACCUACGCCACCUUCCGCGGAUUCUACGGCAAUCCCGCCAGACUCAUCUCGUCGCUCAGAUCCAUUCUGGUUUCGUUCCUCCCUCUUCUCGGCACCAAGUUAGUCUGCCUCGUGUUUCUGGUAUGGGCUGUCGGUGGUCUUCUGAUCGCGGCUUAUAACAUUCUUCUGAUUAUUCUUCUUCUAUCCGGGUUCGAGAAAGACUACUGCGAUCAAUAUCUGCCCGUCUCGGUAUUCACGAUCUCCGUUGUCCUUGUGGCGACGACUUAUGUCAUAUGGGGUUGGUGUUUGACGGCCGCGGUGGUGGUUGCGGAAUCGCAGUGGGGUCUUGCGGCACUGGGGAGGUGUUGGGAUUUGACCAAGGGGGUGAGGUGCGUCUCGUUUUCGAUGGUGAUCUUCUUCGGAGUUUUGUCCGUGGUUUUGUCGGCGUGGUGUUCGGUUUUGGCGAUCGACGCAAGCAGAAAUGGCUUGAGUUGCUUGGUUGUGGUGCAGCUGAUUGUUUGUGUUGGUCUUUGGACAGUGUUGUCUGUUUAUAGUACGGCCGCGAGCACCGUGUUGUUCGUCCACUGCAAGGCCUUCCACGGCGAAGAUACGGCGGCAUUUCCGAUUGUUGAUGAGGAGUUGGGUCCGGGAUAUGUCCCGUUGACUCUUGAUUGA